AGGAUGAUUACAUCAGUCUUGACCUGGUUUGUUUUCUUUUGCAACUUUUGCAGUCUUUGAUGAAGACAUGAUGAUUACACAAGCACGAAAUCAGUGUGUGACGGGGGCACGCUAAGGGGGGCGUCACAGCCAGGAGAAGAGUAUAAAACUGAGUGGCAGACUUAGAGAAACCACACUACUGCAAGAGGAGUGUUCAAGGACUUUGAAACGGUAACAAACUCAAGAGACGACUCUACAGCCAUGACCAGCAUCCCGACCCAGCAGAACAGUGCUUCAGCACUCAAAAAAUCCAAGUCUAGGAAGAACAUCAACCACUUCACCGACGUGCAUGGUCUGCCUUGUAUUGAGAAGAUUGUGACCUCUGUGGAGGAAACCCCAGAGCCCAUCAACACCAAAAUCACUGGGAAAAUCCCAGAAUGGGUCAACGGGAGCUUGCUGAGAAAUGGACCGGGAAAAUUUGAGAUUGGGAACCAGAGGUUCAACCACUGGUUUGAUGGUAUGGCCCUCCUGCACCAGUUUAAAAUAUCCAAUGGUCAGGUGACCUACAAAAGCCGCUUCCUGUCCAGUGACAGUUACCAAGCCAACAAGGAGCACAACCGCAUUGCAGUGUCAGAAUUCGGUACCAUCAUGAUGCCCGACCCCUGCAAGAACUUCUUCCAGCGCUUCCUGUCAAGAUUUGAGUUACCGAAAGCCACAGAUAACGCCAAUGUGAGCUUUGUGACCUACAAGGGCGACUAUUUUGUCAGCACGGAAACUAAUGUCAUGCACCGGGUGGACCCUGAGACACUGGAGACAACUAAAAAGGUGGACUGGAGCAAAUUCAUUGCUGUGAAUGGAGCAACAGCACACCCUCACACCGAGCCUGAUGGCACAACGUACAACAUGGGGAACUCCUACACACCUAAAGGAGCAUACUACAACAUCAUCUGUGUGCCACCAACCAAGCAAACAGCUGAUGAUACCCUGGAAGGAGCCACCGUGCUGUGCGCUAUUCCCUCAGUGGACAAGACCAAACCGUCCUACUACCACAGCUUUGCGAUGUCUAAGAACUACGUGGUGUUCAUUGAACAGCCGAUCAAGAUGGACCUGUUGAAGAUUGUGACCGGCAAGCUGAGAACGAAAAGCAUCAGUGACGGCUUUUCCUGGGAUCCAAAACUCAACACCAUCUUCCACCUGAUUCACAAGCAGACGGGGCAGGUUAGCACCAUGAAGUACGUUGCCAAGGCACUGUCAACCUUCCACCAGAUCAACGCGUACGAGGAGGACGGCUUCCUGAUCUUGGAUAUGUGUGCUUCAGACGACGGACAGGCGAUCACAAACUACAACGUCCAGAACCUGCGCAAGUCUGGAGAAGCCCUUGAUGAGGUCUAUAACACCUUGUGUCGAGUCUUUCCACGGCGCUUCGUUCUUCCUCUCAACGUGUUCCACGCUACACCCUUCAACCAGAACUUGAACGAGCGGUUCGACACCACAGCCACUGCGAUAAGAACCGCCAAAAACAAGGUCUUCUGUACCCACGAGGACCUCCACGGGGAGGAUCUUCAUCAAUAUGGAGGUCUGGAGUUCCCUCAGAUCAACUACAGCGAGUACAACACCAAGCCCUACCGCUACUUCUACGGCUGCGGCUUCAGACAUCUUGUAGGAGACACACUGAUCAAGAUGGACCUCAAAGGGAAACACAUGAAGGUGUGGGAACACCCCGGUCUUUAUCCCUCUGAACCAAUCUUUGUACCCUCCCCUGACGCGACUGAGGAGGACGAUGGUGUUGUUUUGUCCGUGGUCAUCACUCCAAAUAAGGACAAGAGUACGUUCCUCCUGGUUUUGGAUGCCAAGACAUUUGAGGAGCUGGGCAGGGCGGCGGUGCCUGUCAACAUCCCCUACGGUUUCCACGGGACAUUCAACAACACAGCUUAGGAGCGCGAGGAGGAAUCCAACAAUGAAUGUACCUCUGGUUUCACAUGGACUCAUAGAAAUCAGAUCAGAAGUGAAACACUGUAAAUAUUCCCUUUGUUGUUUUGUUCGUCUCAAAGAAAUUUAAAGGGUCAUUAAAAUGGAAUGAAUGUAUACUUCGCCAUAAACUGGUAACAAAAAGAAGGAAAAGCUCCAUUAUUUGUGUUUUUGUUAUUGUAUUGAUGAUGUGCCGUUAGAAACACUGUAAAUAUGUUUUUUUUCUUUACUCUGAACCAUUGUUUUGAAAUGUUUUAUGUAAAUAUAUACGUCCAAAGAAUGAUCCGUUUCAGUACAAGUUAGGAAAACUUUGACUCUUUUAUGAGACAUAUUUUGUUAGAACCAGACAGUGAUGAAUAAAUGGAUAUUAUGGCUCAAGCUUCACAAGGUGGAGAGAGCUACAACAAACUUACAUUUUUGAAUAUGUGCAUGAAAAAACUAUUUCUGCUCUGCAAACAAAUAAAGACUGUUCAAAAAUAACA